AUGGCGGACGCAUUGGAACUCGAUGGAUUUCACAAGCAGGUUUCCGUAUACUCAAACAUCUCCAGGAUGUCGGACCCUGACACUUUAGUUGACCCAGAGGUUUUCUCGCGGCAGUGCACUGAGAUUGACGAGAUUGCGACCAAACUCGUGGACCAGGCCUUCGUCGAGGAAGCAAUGAAAGAUGCGAUCAAAGAUUGCCGCUUCUGCGUGACUAUAGCUGCCCCACAAGCGGAGGAUUGUCCCCUCAUCGCAAUCUCAGACGAGUUCGCGAGCAUGACCGGCUACCGGCGAGAAGAGGUCCUGGGAAAGAAUUGCCGCUUUCUCAACCGUAAUUGCUAUUUGGAGCCGAGCACAUUCGCAGACCUGCGCCAUACCUGCACAACUGGAGCGCCGUUUAGUGGUACCAUCCUCAACCGCAAGAAAUCAGGCGAUUUGUUUAUGAACUUGAUCAACUUGCAGGGCUUGGUGGUCGCAAACAACACUCGAGGGGAACCCCUGUGGUUCGUCGUUGGGAUACAGGCCGAAGUCACCGACUACUGCCUGGACGACAUGUCGACGAUGUCGGCCCACACGAACCGACUCCAUGAGGUCGCUCAGAACAUCAGAACCAAGUUGACCGCAGAGCUCUCCACCAUGGCUGUAACUGGGUCGCUGAUUGCGGAGAGCAGAGCUGCAGCGUCAGCGCCGACAUGGUGGCUCUUACCGGAUCCCAUGUAUGCCAUGGCAGAUGCCCCAGUCUUCACUCGCCAGCGAACCCUCAUCGAAACAGUGAUGGAGUCAGAGUUCGCAGAAACUUCAGACGACGAGCUGGAACCCGCAAAGCCCACGUCCAGGCUUGUUAGCUUCGCUCGUCAGCAGAGCCAACACGUCGAUACCAUCUUGCCUUCUGCAAUGUGUCUGGAAGACAUCCAGCAGGUGAUGCCUGCAGCGAUGCAGGCCGCAAUGCAAGAGUGCAGCUUUUCCGUGAGCAUCGGGGAUCCUCGCGCGGAUGACUGUCCGCUUGUGGCAGUGUCAGACCAGUUCGAGGCGUUGACCGGCUAUUCACGCGAGGAGAUCAUCGGCAAGAACUGUCGUUUCCUGAGUCGGAACUGUCCGAUAGGCGAACAAGAUCACUGCGCUCUGCGAGACGCAUGCCUCAAAGGCACACCCUUUUGUAAGAUCAUCGUGAACCGCAGGAAGUCCGGAGAUCUCUUCCUGAACCUCCUGGACCUGCGGGGCAUCACAGUGGCCAGAAACGUGAGAACUAGGGAGCAGCUUUGGUUCCUCGUGGCCAUCCAAGCAGACGUUACACACUUGGACAACCAGGAGCUUCCCAAGGAUCACAUGGAUUGCAUCCACGAAGUGGCCUCCAGACUGCGGAGCCGUCUCGCACAAGAGCUGAGCCUGAUGGCCUUGGCUGGAAGCUCCGCCCUGGGAUGUCUGCAGGGCAAGAGCGAGGUCCUCUGGGUUCCUGUAGAUGAGCCGCGCUGGAUCAUGGGUCCUCCCACACCUUCCUGCCGAAGACAGGCCAGCUCGGACUCCCAUCUGCAGAGCAUCGUGGAACGCGUGCGGCAGACGUCCAGCAGACAGGUUUCCGCCAGCAGCCGACAAAUCUCGACGAGCCGACAAGCAUCGCAGGGCAGGCCAACCUGCACCGAGAUGGCGGAGGAUAUGCCUGUGGCACCAGGCGCGUGCAGGGAAGGGAAGCUGGCCCUGCGAGCCACGGCCCAGGCGCGCUGA